CUUGGCCGUGUUACUGACGGAUAGAAGCUUCUUCACCACGGAAAAAAAAAAAAAACCAAUUCCCAAAUCCUCAUCAUCAAAUUCCUCUGUUUGGAAAUCAAAGACUUAACCCCUUCUUCACCCAUUUCAUGAAAACCAAACACACCAACAAAUCCAUUACCUUUUUCUGUCUAUCUCUCUCUCUCGGAUCUUUCUGAGGUUUCACUUCUGUUUUGUUCAGAUUGUGUUUAAGUUCAAAGUUUGAGACUUUUUUGUUGGAACCGGAAACCCUGUUGUUUGUGUUGGACAAAGAUGUCUCCUGAAUUGACAACACAUGUUCGACUGGUUCGAUGUCCGGAAUGCCGGCAGCUUCUUGCGGAGUUGCCCCAAACUCCGGUCUACAAGUGUGGCGGAUGUGGCGUCACUCUCCAAGCGAAAAGUCGAAUAAAUGGACCGAGGAGCAAGAGCGCUAGCGUAAAUGACACUGAGGCAGCUCAGAGGAUUGGUUUCGAUCACGCUUCUGAAGAUGGAAAAUCCAGAAGCUCAGGUCGUAAUGCAGCUCUUCUCGAAUCCGGAGAAUGCUCUUCAGACCAAGACAAUGAGUGGGAUCAGAUUAUGUCUUCCGAAGGCAAUGAGUCUGGAAAUUGGUUUUGUGAUGUGUUGUGUUUGUAUGGUAGAAGUUUUUGUUUAGGGUCGAUUCAGGUCGGAUGUUAAAUCAAUGUUUAGUUUAUUAUGAGACUAAAUGCUCUAGAUUUGAAUGUUAAAGAACAACAAUGGCAUGUAAACCCUUUGCUAAUUAUUGAUUAAGGUGUUAAACUCAA